AGUGAGUCAAUCACCUAAAUAUAUCGAGGUACCGUUGAGAGCAGCUAUAGGUUACGAAGCUACAGAACGGUCUCCGCAGCCUUAAUUGAAUCGGAGUUCCAGCUUCCAUACUUGUGGUCUCACCAUCUCGAAUCGUAAAAAUAUAUACACCACCGAUCUCAACCACCAACUUAGGUACCUACUUAGGUACUGUACCUGUACCACUUGAUCUACCCACAUCUCAUACAUCAACAAUACUUCAAAGUCAAUUUCAACAUGACACUCGUCCAUAUUGUCUUAUUUAAACUCAAAUCGUCUCUUUCUCAGGACGAAAAGAAAGCGGUCUGCGACGACAUGCUCAACCUCAAGGAUACAUGCAUCCAUCCAACCAGCAAUAAGACAUAUAUUUUGUCGGCUUCAGGUGGGGUGGACAAUAGUCCUGAAGGUGCACAGGGCGGUUUUACUCAUGGUUUUGUCGUCGAGUUUGCCUCGAAAGAAGAUCGCGAUUAUUAUGUCUCGCAAGACCCGAUACAUCAGGCCUUUGGUCAAAAGAACGGUUCCAAAUGGGACGAUGUGAGAGUGAUUGAUUAUGAAAAGGGUAUCUUUUAAAUAUAAUCUGCGGUCUGUUCUGCCCGUCUUUCAUGACACGCUAAACGACUCUCCACAUCCACAUUGUUCUGUAAUGUUGGGAUUCUUGAAGACGAAUCGUGCGCUCAGUUUA